GUUGACUUCACACACACGAAACGACGAUGGUUAACAUCUCUGAAAUUUCCGACGACUCUAAUGACGGCGGCGAUCCAAACAAGAAACCAGAAGAACUCGACAAGAAACCAAAAGAAGAAGCAGUUUUAAGAAGUACAAGAAACGAGAACCGAAACAAGAAGCCGGAGGAAGAAGACGUAGAAGAAGAAGAAGACGUAGCAGAAGAAAAAGAAGAAGAAGAAGAGAGACGUUCGACAUCUUUCCCACUUCCAAACGAUGUCACUGAAGCUCUCGUCGCACUCAUCCGGAGAUGUGAUUACCCAAGUCUCUCUUCCGUCUCCCGUUACUUUUCCGGUUUGAUCGCUUCGUCAAGUCUCUACGAAACGCGUGCGCGCCUCGGUCUUUCCGAAACGUUUCUUUAUGCAUCCAUCCGAUACAGUACUACUAAUGAUCUCCAAAGCUGGCAUAUUCUGCAUCGAAACAAGGCUUCUUCUUUACGACUGACCAAACUCGGUUCGCUUCCACCCGUGCCUUGGGGAGCUUCUGUCGUCACUAUCGGUUUAGAGAUGUAUGUGAUCGGUGGAAUCAUCGACCUAACACGCUCGAAGGUUAUGAAUGUCAUCGAUUGCAGAACUCACAAGUGUCGCUCGCUCCCUCCAAUGAGAAGAGGUCGUAACAAGGCAGCCGCCGGAGUAAUUGACGGGAAGAUUUACGUAAUCGGAGGUUUCAGGAAGCGAUGUCCAUUGGAGUCGGAAUGGAUCGAAGUGUUCGAUCUUGAGAAACAGAUUUGGGAAUCUUUGCCUGGUCCGUACCCUGAAUCUAGUACGUCUAGCCAGUUUAGGACAUAUGUUGUGAUGGAAGACAAGAUUUACAUUUUGGAUUAUAAAGGUUGUUUGGUCUACGAACCAAAAAGAAGAAGAGGUGAUGAAUGGGACGCAUCUGCCGUCGGUGCUGCACAUCCAAUAAAGAAUAUGUGGAAAGAGUCAUUUGCUGUGCAAUGUGUGGUAGAUGAUAUGCUGUAUACAGUUGAUCGUCGGUGUACUCUUGGACAUCCAAUAGUCGUAUAUGAUCCAAAGGAGAAGACUUGGAGACCUGUGAAAGGUGAAUCUUUGAGGAGGCUACCAAAUUAUAUCGUCCAUCCUGCUUCUGAAAUGGCGAAUUUUGGUGGAAAGUUGGCGAUUUUGGGCAGUAAGAGGAGCUAUGUUCAUGGUGAUUGCAUUGGCAGGGAAAAAGGUAUUUGGUGCGCAAUGAUCGUGUUGGAAAAACGUGAAGGAGGUGAGAUUUGGGGGAAUGUGGAAUCACUCGACUGUGUGCUUGGAGGCAUUAACCAUCUCACGGUUCGGCUUUGUCGAACUCUUACCAUUUGA